CAUGUGUUUGACUAUCGGGAGGGUGAGAGGUUCGGCUGUGUGGCAGACAUUGGUUGGAUCACCGGCCACACCUAUGUGGUGUACGGACCACUGAGUAAUGGUGCCACAACGGUGUUGUUUGAGAGUACACCCACCUACCCAAAUCCAGGGCGGUACUGGGAGAUGGUGCAGCGACUAAGACUGGACCAUAUUUACUUGGCCCCAACCUCCUUACGACUCCUGCUCAAGGAAGGCAAUGAGUGGGUGAAAAAGUAUGACCGGUCUUCACUCAGGAAACUUGGCUGUG